AUGGCCACCCCCAGUGUUCUCGCUUUUGACGCUGAGGGUCGGGCCAUUGACUUUGAGGUCUGGGUAGAUGACCUACAGCUUUUCCUACAGUGCGAUAGGGCAGACGGUCUCUCCCUCUUUGACCUCACCUCUGGUGCCUCCCCUGCCCCUGCUGCCGAUGCCGACGCCACAGUUCGCUCCCAGUGGGCCACUCGCGAUGCUGCUGCACGUCUUGCUGUGCGUCGCCACCUGCCUACCACUGAGCGCGCACACUUUAGUCAGUACAAGAGUGCUCAGACCUUGUACGACGCCGUAGUUGCACGCUACUCUUCCCCUGCCACUGCUGCACUGAGCCGCCUCAUGCUGCCGUACCUCUUCCCUGACCUUGCUGCCUUUCCCACAGUCGCUGACCUCAUUACGCACCUCCGCACUAGUGACUCUUGCUACCGCGCUGCGCUUCCUGCUGAGUUCUGCGCCAAGAACCCCCCCCCCAUGUACAUCAAUCUCUAUUAUAUAGUCACCCGCCUCCCUGACUCCCUUCGUGUAGUCAGGGACCACUUCCUCUCGGUCUGUCCCACCACUCUCACGGUUGACCUCCUAGAGAAAGGCCCUCCUAGCAGCGGAGAAGAGCAUAGUCGCUCUAGGAGCCUCUCGUGUCGGUCGGUGCGGCGUCUGCCCCUAGCGGGAGACGCCGCUCUGGCAAGGGCAAAGGGGGCAAGGGCGCGGGUGGAGCUAGCGGGGGUGGCAGAGGUGGCGGUGGAGGCGGCGGAGGGAGUGGGGGUGGCGGUGGGAGUGGUGGCGGGGGUGGAGGUGUCGGUGGCAGCACUGGAGGCGGAGGUGGUAGCGGUAAGAGCGGAGGCGGCGGUGGUAGCGGAGGUGGAGGAGGCGGUGGUGGAGGUGGAGCUGGUCGGGGUGGCGCUUCGCAGCGGAGCGGCUUCGGUGGUGGUCAGCGCCUGCAGCAGCAGCAGCAGCGUUCUUGGGACAUCCCCCCCCCUCAGCAGCUCCGUGAGUGGUACGCUGCGCGUCAGCGUGGUGGUGGUUUUGGUCCGUGCACCUACGUCCUUCGCACCGGCGACCGCGCGGCGGUGUUUCCCGCCUGAUCCGGGCAUUGAGACUGCUGCUCUAGGUGCUGGUGAGGCUGCUGCUCUAGGUGCUAGUGCGGCUGUUGCUCUAGGUGCCAGUGCGUCUGCGUCCUCAGGUGCCGGUGAGUCUGCGCUCUCAGGUACUACGUCGGCUUCGGCCUCCUUCACCUUCACACUUGACUCAGGGGCUUCUCGCUCCUUCUUUCGAGACCGCACCACACUCACGCCGCUUGGUCGGCCGGUUGCAGUCUCCCUGGCAGACCCCUCUGGGGGUCCUGUCCUCUCUCACUUCUCCACUGUCCUCCCGUGUCCGGCUGCCCCCUCUGGCACCUUGUCUGGUCUUUACCUCCCCUCGUUCUCUACGAACUUGGUGAGUGGUGCUGACCUGCAGGAUGCGGGGGUCCACCAGUUUACUCCUGCGAGUCAGCGGGUGACCCAGUGCUCGGACGCUCGCACAAGCCAGCACCUGGCCACGUUUACGCGUCGGCCGGGGUCGAGCCUCUACACCCUGACCACUGAGUCUCCUCCUGUCCCUGCGUCGGGUCACGUGUUUGCUGCAGCGUCCAGGUCUGGUCCUGAGUCUGCCCCCUGCUCGUGUCGCCUCCUGUCUCACGAGACUCUCUUGUGGCACCACCGUCUUGGGCACCCCUCCCUGCCUCGUCUCCGAGGCAUGGCUUCCCGUGUCCUUGUCUCUGGUUUUCCCCGGUCCCUCCCUCCCCUUCCUUCGGGGCCUGGUCCUUCCUGUGUCCCUUGUGUCGAGGGGCGGCUACGGGCUGCUCCUCACUCCUCUCCGUUUCCCCCGACAGAGGCCCCGCUGCAGACGCUUCACAUGGACGUGUGGGGCUCGGCCCGGGUCCGUGGACAGGGUCACGAGCGCUACUUUCUGCUGGUGGUUGACGACUACUCGCGUUACACCACAGUCUUCCCCUUGCACAGCAAGGGCGAUGUCACUGAGGUGUUGAUCGACUGGAUCCGCGCAGCUCGUCUCCAGCUCAGGCAGAGCUUCGGCUCGGACUUUCCUGUUCUGCGUCUGCACUCUGACAGAGGCGGAGAGUUCUCCUCUGGCCUUCUGCGAGCCUACUGCCGUGCGCGAGGCAUCCGCCAGACCUUCACGCUUCCGGACUCUCCACAGCAAAAUGGGAUUGCUGAGCGCCGCAUUUGCAUGGUCAUGGACGUCGCUCGUACGUCCAUGAUGCAUGCUGCUGCCCCCCAUUUUCUGUGGCCAUUUGCGGUUCGGUACGCGGCGCAUCAGAUCAACCUUCACCCCAGGGUCUCCAGGCCAGAGACCUCCCCAGCUUUGCUGUGGACGGGUAAGGUAGGCGAUGCGUCUGCGUUCCGUGUCUGGGGAUCUCGGGCGUUUGUCCGCGACUUGUCUGCGGACAAGCUGUCCCCUCGUGCUGCUCCUUGUGUCUUCCUUGGCUUCCCCCCUGACGCGCCCGGGUGGCAGUUCUACCACCCCACCUCUUGUCGUGUUCUGUCCUCUCAGGACGUCACGUUUGACGAGUCGGUCCCCUACUACCGCCUCUUCCCCUACCGCAUUCCUUCCCUCCCCCCGCCACCGCUCUUCCUUGUGCCAGACGCGGUCGAGCCGGUCGAGGUUACUGGUGACUCUGGUGCUGCUGUGGGUGCUGAGCCUGGGGGUGCUGACUCUGGGGGUGCUGCGCGGGUGGGUACUACGCCCAGGGGUGAUGGGCCUUAG